AAAAUGAUUGUGCUAUUACACAAAAACAGUGGAGUCAACUCAUGGUCACAUAGCUAAAAGAUCGGAGAUAAUAGUUACAUGUAUUAUUCCGAAUCUAUUAUAAACAAAGUCGGCUUGACUGUUCCCUUCCAUAAUGUGUAACUCAAACCAAGAACCAAAGGAAAAGAAUUCUGUUAGCUGAGUCUGAGCACAACCCCAAUGAUAAUAGGAUCUAUAGGAUUCACUAAGUCACAACCACGAUGUCAUGUAACUAUGCAAGUGCUUCCUCUUUUUAUUUAUUUAUUCUUUUGGGAGAGAAGAGCUUCCCCUGUUGCCUAUAAAUGAGUGGCAAAAGCCAGCAAACCAGCACACAGCUUAAGACAUAGUGGCUUCCUCUCCAUAAUAAUUACAUUCUUCCUGUCAGGCUGGAGUUCAUCAAGGAUCGAAACCUGAAACUGGAGCCAACAACCACACAGAGGAAGAAGAACACCAACACUGGUUCCCAGCCUAUCCAAGGUAGAAGCGAUCAACGUUAGUGUGGCAGUAACAUGGUGACUGUGAGAGAGGAGAUGCGUAAGGGGCCAUGGACAGAGCAGGAGGACAUGCAACUGGUAUGCACUGUCCGCCUGUUCGGUGACCGUCGUUGGGACUUCAUUGCCCAAGUCUCAGGGCUCAACAGGACAGGAAAGAGCUGCCGCCUCCGGUGGGUGAACUACCUCCACCCUGGCCUCAAGCAUGGACGCAUGUCCCCGCAUGAGGAGUGCCUUAUUAUUGAGCUCCAUGCUCGGUGGGGGAACAGGUGGUCUAGGAUAGCACGGAGGCUGCCAGGGCGCACAGACAAUGAGAUCAAGAACUACUGGAGGACACACAUGAGAAAGAAAGCACAGGAGAGAAAGAUGAGCAUAUCACCUUCAUCCUCAUCCUCUUCAGUGACAUACCAAUCCUGCCUUCUUGACACCUGUCCAAUCAUUGGGAUGGGCGCUGCUGACACGCACAACGGCAGUAGCUGUGUCACCAGCACCCUUGAGAGCACCCAGAGUGCCAUGGAUGCAUAUCCCAUUGAUCAGAUAUGGAGGGAGAUCGAGGAACCACAGGCACCUGCUUUCCUGGGCAUUGCUGAAGGGAAAGAGAAGACAUGCAGCAGUAUUCACUGUCCUCUGCCAUCACCUGCUAUGUGGGAUUACAAAUUCCCUGAGAUAUUCUGGAAGAUGGCAGACGAAGAAAUCAGGAUGUUGGCUCCAUAAUUUGGUUACAAUAAAUAAGGCCCUCGCUAUUGAAGGCUGAAGGAAUACAUCUAUAUAUAGGUCAGGUCACUCAGUUAUCUGCCUAGUAGAUUUACAGUACUUGUACUUACUAGCUAUGUUUGCAUUAGUAUGGAUUUCAGUAUUUUAAAAUCUAUGGUAAUAUUGGAGGUAUGCUCAUGAUGUAUGUAUCUAUGUAGUGCGAGAAUAGUUUGUAUCAGUUUGUGCAAUAGUGUGCAAUACAACGAUGCUCUAUAUGCAUGAUAUUUAUCUC